AUGACUGAAAAUAAGAUUAAUCUUGUCCUAUCUGGGUCUGAUGUUUUUGUCUGGAGUGCAGAUGAAUGGUUAGAAUUAAGACAAAAGCAUAGAAUCAUAGCCAACUGCAUUGGCAGCAUAGCAAAAAAUUCGAGACAAAUAAACAUGUCAGGCCUACCGUUACUCUUACAGCCAGAAGAAACUAAACUGUUAUUAGAAAAAAAUAUUGGUCAUUUGGUUAGUUUACCAAUAUUAAAGGAAACACCUUCGGAUUCUCUGAAGAAGAAAUUUGAAAAUUACAGAAAUAAACUGUAUGAGGAACAGCAAGAGUGUUUGAAAAAUCAAAGAAUGACACAGAUAGUUUCCAUGAUGGAUCGAAUUAUUGAUGGAAAAAAAAGAAAAAUGUUAGGUUUGAAUACUAGUAAAAGAAAGCGAAAACAAAGUCUGGAUGAUGAAACUGAAAAAUCAUUAGAAAGUAUCAAUAUUGAUAGAAAUGCUUUAAUUGAAGAAGAAAUGGCAAAAUUACCAAAAUUAGAUAAAAGUGAUGCUCUUGUACAAACACAUACGGUAUUUCCAUGGCAUUCUGGAGGAAUAAAAAUUGAAGAUUGGAGUUAUCCUAACAGUGAAGAAGAAAUUUUACGUUACAAAGUAUUCAAAGAUCUGUGGGAAAAAGGUUUUUACAUAACUUCUGGAGAUAAAUUUGGGUGUGAUUUUUUAGUUUAUCCAGGUGAUCCAAUCAUGUUUCACUCUCAAUUCAUGAUAAUGUGUCGUAGAAGGGAUGAAAAAAUGUAUGUAACUAAUUUGGUAUUCGACAUGAGAGGGGGUAACAACGUACGUAAGACUACAGUAUAUGCAACAUUAUCUAAAAAUGGCGAAGAAGUAGAAUACUUUUCUUCGAGAUGGGCAGGUUCGUAG